CUCCCAACAGCUCUAUUGUAGUGAAGCCUUUUCUUCCGUGACGAGCUGACGUCAGCUCGUAACAGAAGUUAUAAAGCUCGCCUAGCUGCUAAGCUCCCCUCCCCCCCACCACCACCACUAAUUCAAGUUUGUUAGACCCAGAGCGGCUGGAGAGUUGAGAGUCUCGGUCAUGUCCAGGAGACGCUGUAUUCGUCAGUGCACGGGGAAAUUUCCUCUUUUUCGUCUUCCAAAACACAAUGAAUUUAAGAGUCAGUGGUUAAAAUUUGUUUUUGGCACUAUUCCCCAGGACUACAACCCCAACCUUAUGUUGUGUUCUGUCCAUUUUACGGAGGACUGCUUCCUGAACCUGCAACAGUUCAAUUCAGGAUUUUCAAACCGUUUAAUUCUGAAAGACAGUGCAGUUCCGACUCUGUCUGGCCAUCCUGGAGAUUCAGAACCACAACCUAGUACAUCACAGCAGCACCUCGAAACCCCACACCUUUCCACUACAUUCCAUGACAUAGGAUGCCAGACCGAACCACCACAAAAUAUGUCAGUGGGCAUACAGUCCAGUGCUCCAAAAAUGAGAACAGUCGGCACACAGCUAUCCAUGGGUACGCUGAGGGCUUCCAUGAGAAGCAAAGGCACCCAGGCAAUGGUUCCCUGUGUUAGUGUUUACACUGAGACCACUUCAAGCUCCCCAGAAUUCACCCCGAUGUCUUCAACACCAAUAAGACCCCAAGAUUACAGACCUCGCAAGAGACCUCGUCUUGAGUUGGAGGAGGAGGAAGAGGGAAACACCUCAACAGAGUUGCAGGCUGAGCCACAAGACUCAACAUAUAUCCCUGGUGACUCUGUUCUAACGGACGAAUCUGCCAUGUCCUCUGCCCACACUGCAACUAUUCAAGACAGUGGCAGAGUCAGCCUGUUGUAGGAAGUACCCCCGUCGGCAACCUACACCUGUCAGCGGCAA